GUGGCCGACCUUUGUGCUCAAUGCCUACGUAGAGACGCAAAGAAGAUCCCGAGUCGCGUAAGCGCCAAACUCACCCAUCCCUGUCUGAUCAUCUAAGGGUUUUUUAAAUUCUUCAGCCACCACAAUCAAUCUCAGCCGUUAAAUUCCCAAGGUAUUAUUGCCUCAUUUGUUUAUGCUCCUUCUCCAUUACUCUAGGCGUUGCUUUGUUGUUGAUUUCUAAGUUGCAGGUCGUUUAAACCUCUCUCUCUCUCUCUCUUCCAUUUUUGAUCUCCAAGUCUUCUUCUUCUUCUCCAUCUUCAUCACCAUCAGCAAGAAUUCAAUCACUUGUUAUUGGGCUAAAGAAUUAAUCACAUUCUUCAUUCUUGCUUAUUUAUCUGCUCUGAAAAUGGAUACAUUGCUGGUUCCGCCAUGGUUAGAAUCAUUACUAAGCGCAGCUUUCUUCUCCAUCUGCCGCACACAUGGAGGGGCAACCAGAAGCGAAUGCAAUAUGUAUUGCUUAGAUUGUAGAGGCGAUCCAUUGUGCUUCUAUUGCCGUCCUUCAAGACACAAAGAUCAUCAAGUAAUUCAGAUAAGGAGAUCUUCAUAUCAUGAUGUAGUGAGAGUUGCAGAGAUUCAAAAAGUAUUGGACAUAAGUGGAGUUCAAACCUAUGUGAUAAAUAGUGCCAGAGUAUUGUUUCUCAAUGAGAGGCCACAGCCAAAAUCUGGGAAAGGAGUUGCUCACAUUUGUGAAAUUUGUGGAAGAAGCCUUUUAGACCCAUGUCGUUUUUGUUCAUUGGGAUGCAAGCUUGUAGGAGUAAGGAGAAGUAGAGAUUCAAGCUUUACCUUAGAGACUAAGAAUGGGGAAUUAAUGGAAAGAAGAAGAGAAAGGAUAUCAUCAAGAGAUGAUAUUGAAGAAAUGCAUGAAGGGUCACAACAAGACAUUUACCCGUCUACGCCUCCUCCAUCUCCACCUCCUACUCCUACUUUUAAUGCAAGGAGAAUUUCUAGAGCAAGAAGAAGAAAAGGCAUUCCUCAUAGGGCUCCUUUUAGGUCAUAAAUUAAUCAAUUAAAAUACACCUAUUAGUAUAUUCUCUCCCCCACCAUCAUUUGUUGCACUAAUUACUCCUUUAAUUCAUUCUCAUGGGUUAAUUGACCUUAACUAAAUAAAGUUUAGGAUCCCCUUUUGGCCGGGGUGCCCACAAAGCCAAAAGAAGCUAGCAAUUAAGUAAAAAAAUAUAUAUAUAUAUUGAUAGUUAUUUAGUGAUAACUGCCAGAAUUCCUGAAGAAGAAUACAAGCCCAAAUUCAUCAAAUCAUUCUCGAGCAGAUCGGUCUAAUAUCACAAGCCCUAACCUGACAAUAUGAAGUAGGCCGAAUCAGUUAUAUGUGCGGGUUCAAGAGAAAAUAGUCUAAUCCAGUGAUAUGACGCGGGGUAGAAUAACAGGUUCAAUCACUUAGUUGUUCUACCAAUAUGUUAGCAGUCUUACUAACAUGCGUGCCGGGAGAAAUUAAAUGGUCGUCUGACUGAGAGGGGUACGCUGGCGAGUCCGUACAUAUGGAUCUAAAUGACAGAAAUAGGUGCUACUGUAAUAAGAUGGCGAUUAUGCAUCACUAGAGAAUAAAAGGGAAAGGGGAGAGACAUGAUUUUCUGUGAUUAAACUUAUAUUCACAAUAUAAAUCUUAUUUUUUGAAUCUCAUAAUAUAAUGGAGAUAGAAAUCGAAUAUUGAUCAGCUGAUAUGCAAAAUAUAAUAUAAUGGAGAUAGAUAUGUAAAAUAUAAUAUAAUGGAGAUAGAGAUAGAUAUGCAAAAUAUAAUAUAAUUGAGAUAGAAAUCGAAUCUUAAUCAGCUGAUAUGCAAAAUAAAAUCUCUUGUGAAGUAGCAAUAAGGCAAUAAUGCAUGCACAUUGUUAUUGAUUGUUGAUUGAUAUAGUUGCAAGGUGUAGAUUGUAAUAAAUAAAUUAGAAGAAAGUCAUUGGGAAGUCCAUUUAUUAUAGUUUUGAAGGGCCCACCAACCCACAUGGGCAAUUUACAUAAAGAAACAACACCUUUUGAUUUCUAUAUUAACACAUUUGAUGUAUGUAUCAAAGGCAAAAUCAAGUUUGUACGCCAAAAUUGAAAGAGUUAGUGGGAUUGAACA